CACUUUGCAAACAUCUUGAUGCUAGGUACUAUUCCAUGCUCUUUAUCACUGGUGAUCCUCUGGUAUCUACCAGGAUCUUCCAAAUAUCUCAAGAAAGGGAGCAGCUCAAUAAAUGCAAACAAUUCCUUGCUCUGAUGACUAAGUCUCUAAUAGAGUUGAGUUUUCACAAGACUUCUUGUUCCCUGAUGAUGCUGGUGAGGAUUAAGAUUCCAGAUCAAGUGAACAGCAAAGUUCAAAAAACAGAAACAAGCAAGAGUUCUCAGUAAUGAGCUAGUUGAAUAACCCUGGGACUCGGACUGGCCUGACCAUUGUGACGGUGUGGUUCUGCAUUGCAUCCUUCAACUUCUUCACUAAGUAUGUUGGAGGUUAUCUUUCUGAGUAUCAUUUGAGUUGCUGCGGCUCAAACCCUAGGAAUUAUGAUCGCUGGGUGCAUCCAAAAACUGGUUGUGACUAAGAGUGUUUAUUAGCUACUUCAUGCUGCUGUUCAUGGCCUUUUCUUCUCUUCAAGUGUCCAGAAGUCGACAAGCCAUUAUCGCCUCAAUGUUUGUAUGCAAGUUUAUACUAUAAAGUCUGUUCUUGAUUAUGUACAACUGUAAUCCUGAAGUGUUCCGACUCUGUUUACGUCUUUCUCGUUUUCUAUUUGCUGGUUAGCCUCCAGAGAGUUCAAAACACUUGCACCUUAAAUGUCUGAAAUGAAGCCAAUAGAGAUGUCAAUAACUGCGCUUCUUAUUUGCUGUGUAAUUGCUGUGAUAGCAGCCACACAUCUGAAGAAGCAUAACAGUA